AUGCGCUUCUCCCUCCACCACAUCCUCCUCGCCGCCGCCGCCGCCCAGCUCCCCCUGGCCAGCGCCCAGGACGCGCAGGGCGACCACCAAGCCCUGCACGUGGCGCGCUCCGAGGCCCUCGUGCGGGCCCGCGACGCCAUCGCCGAGGCCAAGGUCUACAACGACCAGAUCCUCGCCCGCUCCGCCGGCGACGACGCCCUGCUCCUGGUGGCGCGCGGCAGCAAGCCCAGCAAGCCCAGCCCGCCGUCGCCCGGCCCCGUCAAGCCGGCCGACCCGCCCAAGAUCCCCAAGCUGAGGAAGUGCGUGCAGUGCGGCCAGAUGUGCGCGCUGGGCGAGCAGUUCCACGUCCACCAGAGGGGCUUCCGCUUCUUCUGCCAGGACCUGCCCGGCCAGCAGACCAAGUGA